AUGGCUUUGGGUGGAACUGCUCCCCCUAGAGGAAGUGCGGCAGCUGCUGCCGCCAAUCUCCGUCGGAGGAGGACAGGUGGCGGGCCUGCUGGAGGAGCAAGCAACACCAUGCUCCAGUUUUACACUGAUGAUGCGCCGGGACUCAAGAUUUCUCCCAAUGUCGUUCUCGUUAUGAGCAUUGGAUUCAUUGCAUUUGUUGCCAUCCUUCAUGUCAUGGCGGCAAGGCAACACGAUCCUUGGGAAGGGUUGCCAAGUGUCUUGUCAAAUAAUCUGAGUUUUAGGUUAAGAUAUCCGGAGGUUUUGGCCUAUCCGAAGAAAUUAAAAUUACAAGAGCUCGCUUCUCUUUCUGGAGAAAAUGGUAUUCGGCAAAUGCGUAUUCAUGUCCUUGUUUUCAUCCCAAGGCAUCCAUCCAUUGCACAAGAGUAA